GCUGCAACUCCAGCCAUGGGGUCUGUCUUGCUUUCCCUGAGCCUCUCCCGCUUGGCUCUAUGGUCUUCUGGACUGAUCUUGGUCUUAGGCUUCCUCAAGCUCAUUGGUCUGCUGAUGCGGAGGCAGUUUCUCACCAGGGCUAUGGACAGCUUCCCAGGGCCCCCCACCCACUGGCUCUUUGGGCAUGCCCACGAGAUGCAGCAGACAGGGAGCCUGGACAAGGUAGUGUCUUGGGCCCAUGAGUUCCCCUACGCCCACCCACUCUGGUUUGGACAGUUCCUUGGCUUCCUGAACAUCUAUGAGCCUGAAUAUGCAAAAGCUGUGUACAGCCGAGGGGACCCCAAGGCCUCAGAUGUGUAUGACUUUUCCCUCCCAUGGAUUGGGAAAGGCCUGUUGGUUCUCCAGGGACCCAAGUGGUUCCAGCACCGCAAGCUGCUCACACCUGGCUUCCAUUAUGAUGUGCUGAAGCCCUACCUGACGGUGUUUGCGGAGUCUACAAAUGCCAUGCUCGACAAGUGGGAGGAAAAGGCUUGUGAGCAUAAGAGCUUUGACAUCUUUGGUGAUGUGGGCCAUAUGGCGCUGGACACACUCAUGAAGUGCACCUUUGGCAAAGGACACAGCGGCCUGAGCCACAGGGACAACAACUACUAUGAGGCAGUCAAGGAUCUCACUCUGCUGCUGCAGCAGCGCAUCGAGUCCUUCCAGUACCAUAAUGACUUCAUCUACAGGCUUACUGCACAUGGCCGCCGCUUCCUGCGGGCCUGCCAGGUGGCCCAUGACCACACAGACCAAGUCAUCCGGGAACGGAAGGCAGCCUUGCAAGACAAGAAGGAACAGGAAAAGAUCCAGAACCGGAAGCACCUGGAUUUCCUGGACAUUCUCCUGGGAGCUCGGGAUGAAAGUGGGAUCAAGCUGUCUGACAGAGACAUCCGGGCUGAGGUGGACACAUUCAUGUUUGAAGGGCAUGACACCACCACUAGUGGCAUCUCCUGGUUCCUCUACUGCAUGGCCCUGUACCCAGAGCACCAGCAACGUUGCCGGGAGGAAAUCUGUCAGAUCCUCGAGGACAGGGACUCCUUCCAGUGGGAAGAUCUGGCCAAGAUGACUUACUUGACCAUGUGCAUCAAGGAGAGCCUCCGCCUCUACCCACCUGUGCCUCAGGUGUACCGCCAGCUCAGCAAGCCUGUCACCUUUGUGGAUGGCCGCUCUCUACCUGCAGGCAGCCUGAUCUCUCUGCACAUCUAUGCCCUCCAUAGGAACAGUGCUGUGUGGCCUGACCCUGAGGUCUUUGACCCCCUGCGCUUUUCCCCUGAUAAUGUGGUGGGACGCCACCCCUUUGCUUUCAUACCCUUCUCUGCUGGGCCCAGGAACUGCAUUGGGCAGCAGUUUGCCAUGAACGAGAUGAAGGUGGUCACGGCUCUCUGCCUGCUCCGCUUUGAGUAUGCCCUGGACCCCUUUCGGCCACCCAUCAAGCUGCCCCAGCUGGUCCUGCGCUCCAAGAAUGGCAUCCACCUUCACCUGAGGCCACUGGGCCCAGGCUCUGGGAAGUAGCUCUGCCAAGAGUUGGGCCCAAGACAGCCCAGGCUGUGGCCUCUCCCUGGGCACAGCCCCCUCCAGGCUGGGUUGUGGAGCAGCUGUGGCUCCCUGUCCUUGAGAGGCUUGUAUGAAGGAAGGGGAGUUUGUAUCCCCUAGACAGUCACCUCUAUGAUGGGGCCAGAGAACAGGUGUGUCUGUGAAUGCUUACUGUGCAUGUAUCCUAGAGCUGACUCAUUCACUCAGCAAAUGUGGGAGAACCUACUUGCUUCUAGUCUCCUCCUUUUCUUUUUGUAAUAGGCAAUCUUUCUAAAAUGUAACAGAAGCUUACAUUCCAGUCUGGGUGAUACAGUGAAGGCAAUGGAAGCUGUGCCUGGGAUACCUGUUUAUGACCAAGCACUUGCCCAGUCCAUGUGACAGAGGGGUGGCUUUGGGGCUUGGCCCUUCACUGAGAUGGGUGUCUUUCUUUAACUUUGCAUAUGUGUUUAGAAAAAGAUAGCAUAAAAAAU